AUGAAGCUCACUGCCAUUGCUCUCUCUUGCUUGGUGGCCCUGGUCGCUGCUCAGGAGUCCACCUCUGUCAGCUCUGCCAGCUCUACUACCACUGAAGCGCCUGCUUCGACCACCAGUCUGUCGGCUGAGGCUUCGUGUGCUGCCAAAUGUGGCACCACUGACAUCUGCUGCACUGCUGCGUGCUAUCACGUCCCUUGCCCUAGCGACAGCCAGGCCAAUGACACCAUCACUUGUGUUGCAGCUUGUCCUCAGGGCAAUGGAACUGAAAAAGAGACAGAGGCGUAUGCUUCUUGCCAGAACAACUGCUACAGCUCUCACUUCUUUGCUGCUACCACUCUCCCUGUUUCUAUUACCACGGGCUCGAGCGAAGCUACCACCACUGGCUCUUCCACCAAGGCCUCUGGUUCCAGCGCAUCCGACUCUGCUUCCGAAACUGGCUCCAGCUCCGCUACUAGCUCUGGAUCUGAGACUACCGAGACCCCCAACGCUGCCACUGUCAACCAGAUCAAGCUGGGUGCUUCUGCUGCUGGUCUCCUCGGUCUCGUCGCCGCUGCCUUAGCCUUGUAG